AUGGGGUCUCUGCCUGUUUCUCAGCUACUCCCAAGCACAGGUCACUGCCCAGCCUUGACUCCACCCCUCAGCGGCCUGGACCAGGGGCCGUUCAUGGCCGUGUUGAUGCUGGACCAUCCAACCAGCACGCCCUCCUCACUUCCCACUUCACCGCCCUCUCUUCACUUGCUUCAUUGCAUGCGUCACUACUUGGCAUCAGCUCGUACAUUUUCUCCUUUCUUACUGUCCACUCUGUCCCCCAAUGCCACACACCAGGCUCUGUGUUCCAUGGAGUGGGGACCUCACUGGUCCCGGUCUGCCAUGUCUGUGGUGCCCAGCAUGGCACUGUGGCUCCAGAAGUGCUUGGGACACCAGCAGGUUGUCGGUUGUGCUUCUCGACCUCCUCAUCUGGAUCUCCUGACUGCAGAGGUGUGGGGGGACUUGAGGGGGUGCGGCACAGGGAGAAGGGCUCUGCAGUCUCAGCAGAUGGCCAUGAAGCCCUGUAUGUGGGAGGGCUGGUCAGGAGGCCAUAUGGUCACAAGACCAUAUGAUGGGGUCUGGGGGUGGAUAUCAAGGAGACAGUUACAGGAAUUGGUCAGAAUCAGCAUUAUCCUUUUAAAUGUGUGGGGACUGAAUGACACUUUGAAGACAAUGCCAUUAUCAAAAUGUGUAAUUUCUUAA